AUGACCGAAACUUGGAAUUUAGAGAUGGACAUUUUUCAAGUUUUCAAGUCGAGACAGUUAAAAAUAAGGAAAUAACCUAGAACUUUUAUUGACACCUCAAAACUCUCAAAACUUGGAAAAAUCAGGUUAAUUAUGAUUCAUUCCAAAUAUUCCUUUUUCUCUAUAGAUUCACAAAAAAUUUUCAAUUUUUUUUCCAGCUCGUAGCCCUGGCUGUGAUCGCUCUAGCGAUAUGGAUUCGUGUGGACAACGAUUUCGAGUCGGAAAUUCGGGCCAACAUCAAAAGAGACACCGACGCUGAGCCGCUAUCCGACAUUAAAUAUGACAUGAGAGUGGCUGUAAGUUUUAUUCUUUCUUUUUUUUUAUCUUUAAAAAUCUUUGUCUUUUCAAUGGACCACGGAUCAAAAUCGAGAAAGUUCUUAUGCAGAGUUAUUUUACGCCUUAUUAGGGAAAACUGUGGAGGCUGGCGCGAGACGAACGAGACGAAUAUGUCGCUGGCGAUAUCGCUAGCAUGUCGCGCGCGUCUCGCAUUUAUAACGUACUCAAAAAAAAAAAAAAAUUUCUGCGGUACAUUGGCGAUAUCGCGAGCAUGUCGCGCGGGUCUCGCAUUUUUAUCGUAUUUACCAUGCACUCAAAAGUUUUCAAAUUUCCCAAAUGCUAUUUGGCGCCGAGGGAAAUGCAAGACCACCGCGGCUACAAUGCAGCACUUUUGCGAAAUCGCCAAUGUCACAAAACUCGCUUUUAUCUCGGCAAUAUGCAGACUUAUUUCGGGCCUCAUUGGGGAUAAAUGUCGAGUCUGGCGCGAUAUCGCAGAAAUGUCGCGCUGUCCUCGCUCGGGUCUUGCGAAACCAAAAAAUUGAAAAUUUCCAAAAUGCUAUAUCGCGCAAAAAAUACGAAAUCGCGCCGAGAAAAAUACAAGGCAGCUGCGGCUACAAUGCGGCACUUUUGCGAUGUCGCCAAUGUUUUAUACCUCACUUUUAUCUUCUCAGUUAUCAUUAAUGCUUCCAAAAUUUCUGCGCCUUGUAAAUCGGUUUUUUUUUUCAGAUCACGGUCGUUUUCUGGGUAAUCAUUGGUUUCGCCAUCGCUUGCGUUCUUUUGGGAUUGACAGGAUUUCUGGGAGCCAUCGCAAAUAGUCGAGCUUUGAUGGUAAAAAAAGAAAAAAAAUGGAAUACUAAUAAAUUUCAGGCAAUCUACUUUGUGUGCAUGGCGAUUCUGAUCCUUCUCGAGAUCGCCAUCGGAAUUUACGUUCUUGUGGUCCGCAAGAAUGUAAGUUUGUCCUUUCAGUCUUCAAUCUAUAAAAUUUACUAUUUGAUCCAGGAAAUAGAGUUCAUUCAGUCCAGUGAACCGUAAAGAGCUCUCAAACUCCCAAAAAUAAGAGAAACAAAUACCUCUUUCUCUAAUUAUCAUUUUUCCAAAACGAAAAAAAGCCAAUAUUUUCUUCUACUUGUCUUCAUAAAUAUCUUAAAAAAAUGCCCCACUUCGCUCCAAAUAACCAAGAACCAAACCCAUUUCCACAAAUCGGACCAAGAGUCAAAAAAUCUAUCACUCUUUUCGAAACCAGUUCAAUUUAGCCCCGAAAUUUGCAAUGUCAAUUUCGACCUCAAAAAAAAACACUGUAAACAAGAUUUUCGGCGUCGUGACUGACCAAGUUGAACUUUUUGAGGUUCUUGGAUUCGAAGGUCAGAAAAUAAUGUAGAAAAAGAUGAUGGUUCCAAAAAUAUAAGGAGGACAAUUCGAAAAAAAAAAGAUUUUCGAUGUCUUCUCUUGCAAACUUGAUCAUUUUGGGAGCGCUGAUGGUUAUGGAUUACGGAAAAACUUUCAAAAAAACCCAUUUUUUAAAAAAAAAUUUAACAUUUAUUUUGAAAAAUUUCCAAGAUUUUCCAAGUUUUCGAGCUUUUUAGAGGCAGAAUCUUCUCAUUUAAACUCCAGUUCAUCAUAAAAAUUCAGAGCAAACUUCAAUAUUCAGAAAACUUCUUCCCAAAACCCAAAAAUUUGCAGGAAAUUACGGAAAAUUUGAAAUUUUCGACGUCUCCUUACACAAAUUUGAUCCAUUUUUAGAGUUCGGAUGAUAUAUAAAUAUUAUCAAAAAUUUUCGAAAACCCGACUUUUUUUAAAAAAACAAAUUUAACAUUCAUUUUGAAAAAAAUUUCCGAAUUAUUCAAUGUUUUUUUGAACUUUUCAUGUGCACAGUCUUCCUUUUUUUCAGCUCCAGUUCAACGUAAAAAAAUUCAAAGCAAACUUCACAAAACCCUAAAAUUUGCAGAAAAAAACACUGAAAAAAAUAGGAAUUUUCGACGUCUCCUUUCACAAACUCGAUCAUUUUUGGAGAACGGAUCAAUAGGAUCACUGAAAAUUCAAAAACCGGGUUUUUAAAUAAUUUAACAUUUAUUUUGAAAAAAAUUUCCGAGAUUUUUCCAAGUUUUUUUGAACUUUUUUUAGAGGCACAAUCUUCUCAUUUAAACUCCAGUUCAUCAUAAAAAAAUUAAGAGCAAAAAGCCAAAAUACACGACUUCUUCAAGAAACUUUGAAAUUUGCAAAAAGGACCCUGAAAAAGAGGAAUUUUCGACGUCUUCUUUCACAAAUUUGCUCCAUUUUGAGGUUCGCUCAACGGUGAAGGACUACGUCUUCUACUCCUACGCGAUGAACUCUUCGCCCGACGUUCACGCCUUCCAAUUCCGGGUUUUCCAUUACUCCUUUUUUCUUUUUUUGGCCAAGGUCGCAUGAAAAUAAAACCGAAUUUCAGUAUAAUUGCUGCGGCGUCGAACUCCAACCAAACACCCAAUGCAUGGCCGGACAGGUUUUUCAUUUCUUUUUUUUUCUUCUGAUGGCUGAAUUUAAUUUUAGUCGCGCCUUUUUUAAAGUGAGGUUUGAUGUUUGAGGAAGGCAGAGUAAGUAAAUUAUGUGGUUUAAAAGGAAAAAUAUGUUAGUUUUAAAAUCAGCUGAUCUGUGAGUUACGGGUUUUUUUGAAGGUGAUCAAAAAUCUGAAAUGUCAGAGAAAAAAAUCUUACCUGGCAGUUUAUAGAGAUUUAGGGAUUUUUUUAGGGAUUAAGGUGAUUUUUAAAUAGGAAUUUUUUUCAAUUUUCAUUAAGUAUUCUACCUACAAAAAAUGCUCAAAAAAACUUCCGAAACACUGAAAAAAAUUUCGUUUUUUUGAGCAAUUUACGAUCCAUAAAAACCAUAAAAAAAUUAAAAAUUUUCUAUUUUUUUGAUCUCCUAAGUGGAACUACCUUUGAAAAGCUAUUUUUUCACUUUGGCUUGAGGCAAAAUUUGGAAUUCUAACUUUUUCUCAGCCGCGCCUUUUUUUAGGUAGAGUUUGAUGUUUGGGAAGGUAAAAGGAAGUGAAUUGCAAGCGUUAAAAGCGAAAUUUAGAAUUAGCUGGCUCACUGAUUAUUGAAGGUCAUUGGAAGAAAUCUCAGGGCAAGUCAAAUGACUUUUUGGUUCUUCUGUAG